CACGCCCGUUAAAGUUGGUUUGAUGCGGAGAAAAAGAAGGUGUAAGAAGAUUGGAGCUGCAGCAGAGGCAACAUGAAACUAUAAUCAGAUCACACACAUAGCCAUGAAACUAUAAUCAGAUCACACACAUACCCAGUCUACAUUACCAGAAACAUAAUCAUUACUACUUGUAUUAUUUUCACUAUUCAACAGAGAAGUCUAAAAGUCCAGCUUUGUAAUUCAGCACACUGUGUUCCCAUGAUGUCAUACCUGUGGAUUCUCCUGCUGGGCAGUUUGGUGAUUGGAGCCAAGACACAAGAAGACCCUGCUACUGAGCCAGAAGCGAAGGAACCAGAGGCAGAAGCAGCAGAGCCUGAGGCCCCUGCAGAAGAAGUAGCUGCCGAGGAGGCCCUGGUAGCUGAGGAGGCCCCUGCAGAAGAAGAAGCUCCGGCAGAAGAAGAGGAGGAGGCUGCAGAGGAGGAGGAAGUUCCAGCCACAGAGGAAACGGCUCCGACAGUUGAGGAGGCUCUGGCAGAAGAGGAGGCUCCAGCCACAGAGGAAGAGGAGGCUCCGGCCACAGAGGAAGAGGAUGCAGAAGUAGUAGACGAACCAGCAGUAGAAGCAGAGGCAGCCCCUGAAGCUGAGGCUGAACCAGAUGAACUAGAUUUGUCUGAAGCUAUUGAACCAGUCCUUCCUUUUACAGAGGCGGAGCAUGAAACACCAGCAGAGAGUGAGCCCACGGAGGAGAAGACAGGGGGAGAUUUGGAUCUGGAGGACGCUAUAGCUGAGAAUGACGAAGACACACCUGCGGGAGGGAAGAGCCGCAGCAGAGGUUCAGUUGCCCAUGCAGCAGAAACAGAAGGCACAGCUGAAACUCAAGGCUCUAGCUCUGGCUCGGUGGUGGGCAUUCUGUGUGCUAUUGGCGUGGCGAUCGUUGGAGCUGCCAGUGGAUACUUUGCCUAUCAGAAGAAGAAGCUCUGUUUUAAGAACAGUGGAGGGGAUGUAGAGAGAGCCCGUAAGGAGGAGGCUGAGACCCAGUCGAAUCCCCAGGUUCUCAGCAACUUGCUGACUAAAUCCUCCUAGAUCGUCUGAGAUUCCAAUGGAGAAGAACCAGGACCAGCAGUUUACCAUAACACAUACGCACACACACACAUGCACAUACGCACACACACACAUGCACACACUCAUACACAGAUCCAUCCCAAUCUUUAGGCCUUAAACUGAUUAUAGUUGUAAAACUGUGAGAUAGUGGUUUGGAGGUUAUGGCUUUCAGCACCACGUUAGAGUGAGACCAAUCAGUAGUAUCUCAGUGUCUUCUAAAGAUCACAUUUGUAAUCCGUUAAAAAAGGGGUGAUAUUUUCUGUCCACUUAACAGCACCGAGACAAUGUAGACCUAUUUCUCUGUUUACAAGUACUGGGAAGUUCAUCUGGGUACCUGUCAUUUUAGCUAACAUUCCACUCCUUGCCACUCCUGUCAUUUGCCAAAGAGACUGGUUUAUUGACAUUCCUAAAGUUCAAAAUGCGAACUGGAUUUUCAAUUACAUUGUGAUUGGAGGAUAACUGUGACGGUUAUCGAAUCAGGAUCAAAUCCUCUGAUCUUCUCAAGCUCAUAAUGAUAGAAUGUUCAUAUUUGAAGAUUGCCGAAAGACAAUGAAUACAAGGAGUGGCAUGUAAUUGGCUGAACAGCAACCGGGCUACAGUUCCCAGAUUAUUUUGGAUAAAAUGGACCAUCCUUUACUUGAAAUGUUACCGUUGUUUGGCUCUUUACAAUGAUUUAAUAGUGCUGAAGAUCCAUGAUAUACUGCUGAUCUUCAGUACUACAGAUUGAAUCAAGCCCUUACUGUGUGUGCUGUAGCCAACUCUUCUAGCCUGGUGUCAUACUGUAGCCAACUCUUCUAGCCUGGUGUCAUACUGUAGCCAACUCUUCUAGCCUGGUGUCAUACUGUAGCCAACUCUUCUAGCCUGGUGUCAUACUGUAGCCAACUCUUCUAGCCUGGUGUCAUACUGUAGCCAACUCUUCUAGCCUGGUUUCAUACUGUAGCCAACUCUUCUAGCCUGGUGUCAUACUGUAGCCAACUCUUCUAGCCUGGUGUCAUACUGUAGCCAACUCUUCUAGCCUGGUGUCAUACUGUAGCCAACUCUUCUAGCCUGGUGUCAUACUGUAGCCAACUCUUCUAGCCUGGUGUCAUACUGUAGCCAACUCUUCUAGCCUGGUUUCAUACUGUAGCCAACUCUUCUAGCCUGGUGUCAUACUGUAGCCAACUCUUCUAGCCUGGUGUCAUACUGUAGCCAACUCUUGUAGCCUGGUUUCAUACUGUAGCCAACUUACAUUUUAGUCAUUUAGCAGAUGCUCUUACCUAGAGUGACUUACAGAAGCAAUUAGGGUUAUGUGCCUUGCUCAAGGGCACAUUGAGAGACUUUUCACCUAGUCAGCUCAGGGAUUUGAACCAGAGACCAAUCAGUUACUGGCCCAAUGCUCCUAACCAUUAGGCUACCUGCCACCUCUGACUACCACUCUUCUAGUCUGGUCUGGUUUCAUACUGUAUGUGCUGUAGUCAACUCUUCUAGCCUUCUCCCAUAAUAAAUGUAUCCAACUCCUCUAUCAUUGUCAAGCCAUACAUGUUUUGUGUGACAAUGAAGGAACUCAGAGAGGAGGUGGCCAAAGCACCAAAAGACUGGAACACCAGGCUAGUAGUGUUGUUCUGUGAAAGCUGGUUAGAGGAAGCUGUGUGAGAGCUGGUAUGAGGACAGAAAAUAUCACCCCUGUUGUGUGUUUGCUGGGUAUUUGAGGGGCUUGGGGACCUUGUCUAAAAUACAACAAUGUAUGAGAACAUUUAGCUCUGUUGAAAUGUUAAAAUAGUAUGUUACAAUAUAAUGCUGUACUGCUCUGUAAGUGCCUUACAUUAGAUGUUUCACAUGGGAAUCCUUUUUAUGACUAUCUCACUACUAAGGCCAGUCUGAAAUGGCUCCCUAUUCCCUCUAUAGUGGAAUACUUUUGAAGCCCUGCUAUAAGGGGAAUAGGGAGCCAUUUCAGACACAGCUCUAGACUCAGGCAGGGGUCUCCAACUGCCCACCCAGCAGCUAUCCAGGACCAGAGUUGGAGAACCCAGUGUCUGCUUAACGCUACAGGGUCCACCCAAACAGUACUGUGCUGGCCAGCAUAUUUUCUUUUCACAUUAUUCUUUCCAACAUGGGUCCAGCAACUAUGGGAGAUGUGUAACUGGGCAAGCCCAGUACAGCUUGGUUUGGCUCAGUAGUGUGAAAAGGGUAUACGACUAACUGUAUGCAGAGUCAGCCUGGGAGGAGCUCACCGCUGAACACACAAUAAAUAAUGUUCCAGUUCACAGUGAAAGACUGAGACUCUUGGAGAAGCAAUUUCUGAUUAGCCUGGUCCCAUGAGCUGUGUGUACUUUAGCCAACUAACUCCUCUGAAUAUCAUUGUCUUGACAAGACUUCUUUUGGAGAAUAAUUUCCCUCUCCAAAAGAGUUCAUAGUAAGUGUAAUGACGAUACAGUGGUAUACAGAGUACUCCACUCUUAUAUUUAAUGAAUCUGUCUUUGUUAUCGUGUGUUUGAGAAUUGUGUGAUUUUAAUCCUUUAGCACAUAUUUCUUUUUGAAUUGUGUAAAUAAUACUGGAGAUAGAAAUAAAGGAGCUGUUCAGGGGGAA